AUGGUGAUCCCCGAGCCCGCGGACCAGCCCGUCUCGGGCCUGCACUGUGCCGGCCGGGACGGGCCGGGUCUCAUUCGAACCCAAUUAGCCAUCGGGUUGCCCAUGGGCAGCCAGGCCGCCAAUCAGGAGGAAAUCCGGGCUGCCCGUCGGCCAUGGUGGGGCUUUGGCAAUACCAAAGGUCAGACUCAGCGUGAUAGGUCCGUAUCGGACCUGACCGAGCAGGAGCACCAGGAGCAUCUCCAGCAGAGCCGCGACUGGGCAACUUUCGGCCAGAUUUGGCAGGCCGCAAGAGGAAUUUGGGGUCCAGCAGACCUGCUACAAGACCCGUGGUUAAUCGCCCCUCCCCUCGCGGCCGGCUAG